AUGGCAAACAUGAAAUUUAAAAUCAACGGGACGGAGUAUUCAGUGGAUGGCAACAAGUCUGGCCCUGAUGUAUCCCUGAACGAGUACAUACGAUCAGUGGCAGGGUUGCGUGGUACUAAGGCGAUGUGCCACGAGGGAGGAUGUGGUGCCUGCAUCGUCGCCGUACGCGCAGCCCUACCUCCCUCCAACGAAGUCAAGACAUUUGCUGUCAAUUCUUGUCUCGUCUCAGUACUAUCAUGCCAUGGUUGGGAGAUAACCACCGUCGAAGGUGUUGGGAACAGGAUCAAGGGCUACCACGACAUACAGAGCAGACUGGCCAACUUCAAUGGCACCCAGUGUGGAUACUGUUCUCCUGGAUGGGUCAUGAAUAUGUACAGUUUAUACGAAUCGAAGAACAAAACACUAACUUCAGUGGAAAUUGAGAAUUCCUUCGCUGGGAACAUGUGUAGAUGCACAGGAUACAGGCCUAUAGCCGAUGCGUUCAAAUCAUUCGCCACAGACGCUGACCAAUCACUUCUAAACAAACUUUGCGAUCUUGAAGAACUAGACCUUUUAAAACGAUGUGGACUAGAAUGUGCUAAGAAAUGUACUCACAGAGAAAAAUGUUUCAAAUCCAAUGAACGAACUAAAAAUAAUAAUGAAGCUGAUGAAUUGGAUGACCAAGAAAAAGAAUUCGUUCACGUAAAUGAUGACAAAAUGGUGGUUGUUAAAACAGCUGAACACACAUGGUACAAAGCUUUUCACUUAGCUGACGUUUUCGAUGUCCUCAAACAUGGACAAUAUACUUAUGUUGCUGGAAACACUGGUCAAGGUGUUUACCACGUUACAGAAUAUCCACGAAAUCUUAUUGAUAUAUUUAGUGUCGUUGAACUCAAAGGACAUGUGAUUGAUGUAAACCUUAUAAUCGGAGCUGGCAUGACCCUCACGGAUAUGAUGGCACUUUUCCUUGAUCUUUCAAAGACUAAGGAAGAAUUUUCUUAUUUAAAACAAUUUUAUGAUCACAUGGAUUUAGUUGCUCAUAUACCGGUGAGAAAUAUCGGAACAAUUGGAGGUAAUCUAGCCUUGAAGCACUCUAACAACGAAUUCCAAUCAGACCUCUUUCUUCUUUUUGAAACUGUCGGGGCUAUGAUCACUAUUGCGGAAAGUGUGUCGAAAGAAGUUAGCAUGACAUUACCAGAAUUUCUGAAAACAUCUUUGGAUCUGAAAAUUAUUAAGAACAUUAUGCUGCCACCCUUAUCACAGUGCUGUUCGGUGAAAACGUACAAGAUUAUGCCUCGAUCCCAAAACGCUCAUGCUGUUGUCAACGCUGGAUUCAUGUUUAGAUUCAAACAAAACUCGAACAUAAUUGAAAAAGCUUCCAUAGUUUAUGGCAGCAUCUCACCUACAUUUAUCCAUGCAACAAAAACUGAACAAGUGUUGGUUGGCAAAGAUCCUUAUACUAACGAGACUUUACAAUUAGCUCUUAAAACUUUGCAUGACGAAAUAAAUCCCGUAGAAGCUCCCCCUGAACCAUCAGCAGCUUAUAGAAAGAUGUUGGCUGUAUCUUUGUAUUAUAAGGCAAUACUCAGUCUUUGUCCAAGCAACAAGGUAAAUGCCAAUUACAAAUCAGGAGGAGAAGCCAUAAAACGGGACAAAUCAAAAGGAACACAGUACUAUGAAACUGAUAAAAGUGUUUGGCCUCUGAAUCAACCUAUACCAAAAAUAGAAGCAUUGGUUCAAUGUAGCGGUGAAGCUGUAUUUGCUAAUGAUUUGCCAGGUGAAUCUGAUGAGGUCUAUGCCGCCUUUGUUACUGCUGAUGUUGUACCUGGUAGUAUAAUCAAAGAUUUCGAUACAUCAGAAGCUUUUAAAUUGCCCGGUGUAUGCGGUUUCUAUACAGCAAAGGACAUUCCAGGAGACAAUACAUUUACUCCUGCCAACAUACCUUUCAUUGCAGUUCAAGAAGAAAUUUUGUGUUCUAAGGAAGUAAAAUUUUAUGGACAACCAGCAGCUAUCAUAGUUGCUAAUAGAGAAAAAAUUGCAAACAAAGCAGCGAAACUAGUUAAAAUUCAAUACUCAACAAUAAGCAAAAACAGACCUCUCCUAACAAUUGAUGAAGUUAUAAAAAGUCCGGAAAAGAGUAAAAGAGUCAGAUCAGACCAAAAUAUAGAACCUUCUGAUGUAGGUAAAGAAGUUAAAACUGUUAUUAAUGGUGAAAUAGAUAUGGGUGAACAAUAUCAUUAUUACAUGGAAACGCAGACUUGCGUGGCUAGGCCUACUGAAGGUGGAAUGGAAGUUUUUGCGGCUACGCAGUGGCUUGAUUUAACUAACGUUGCUGUAGCUCAAGCACUAAAAGUUCCAGCUAAUAGUAUAAACGUAAUAGUUCAGCGGGUGGGAGGUGGUUACGGUGGUAAAAUAUCUCGGUCCACUCAGGUAGCAUGUUCAGCGGCCCUUGUGACACAUCUAAUGAACAAAACCUGCAGAAUGGUCCUCCCAUUACAAACGAAUAUGGGAUCCGUUGGCAAACGAAUUGGCACCAAAUGUAAUUUUGAGAUUGGAAUCAAUGCCGAAGGGGAAAUUCAGUAUCUAAAAAAUACUUUCUAUCAAGAUGGAGGAAGCUCUUACAAUGAGGUGCUAACAGCUCUAACGAUUCAUCAUUUCUACAAUUGCUACGAUCCUAAACGAUGGGGUGUUUCCUCCUUCAGUGUAUUGACAGACAAACCUUCAAACACUUGGUGCAGAGCUCCAUUUUCAGCUGAAGGCGUUGCUAUGAUAGAAUAUAUGAUGGAGAGAAUAGCAUUCAGUUUAAAGUUGGACCCCAUAGAAGUGAGACUUCUCAACAUGAAAAAGGAAAAUAACCCAAUUCCAGAAAUGAUAAAUAAACUAAAAAUAGACUCUGAGUACGAUGACAGAAAGAAGAAAGUCGAAGAAUUUAACAAGAACAAUCGAUGGAGAAAACGUGGUAUUAAAAUGGUACCGUUAACAGUUGAAAUUUUUUACACAGGAUUGUUCAAUUCUAUUGUCUCAAUCUACCACGGUGAUGGAUCAGUAGUGAUAAUGCAUGGAGGAGUAGAAAUGGGUCAAGGAUUAAAUACUAAAGCAGCUCAAGUUUGUGCUUAUGCCCUUGGAAUACCGUUAGACAAAAUAAGUGUGAAAGCCAGUAAUAACUUUACUUCUCCGAAUGCUAUGGUUACUGGAGGCAGUGUAGGCAGUGAAUGCGUUGUCUUCGCUACAAAAAAAGCUUGUGAUAUUAUAAAUGAAAGGCUUAAACCUGUGAGGGAUAAUCUCGAUAAUCCAACCUGGGAAGUACUAGUAGAAGCUGCAUACAAGGCUGGAGUUGAGCUCCAAGCUAAUGCUGCAUUUAAUGUUAGUGAUGCGAAACCCUAUGAAGUUUACGCUGUUGGUGUUUUGGAAGUUGAAGUGGAUAUCUUGACUGGCAACCAUGAUAUCAUACGCGUAGAUAUUGUAGAGGAUACUGGAAGGAGUUUGAGCCCCGAAAUUGAUGUCGCACAGAUCGAAGGAGCUUUCGUCAUGGCUCUAGGAUACUGGACAUCAGAGAAGUUGGUGUACGAUGAGUCUACUGGCAAGUUGCUUACAGAUAGAACCUGGACCUAUAAGAUACCUGGUAUAAAAGAUAUACCAGCGGAUAUGAGGAUUUAUUUCCGUCGGAACGCCAAAAAUGAAUUCGGUGUGCUACAGUCUAAAGCUACCGGAGAACCAGCGUUUUGUCUAGGUGUUGUGUUUCUCCUUGCUAUUCAAGAGGCACUACAAUCAGCUCAUCAGGAUGCCGGCCGUGAAUCGGCCUGGAUAGACAUAGGUACCCCUUACAACGUGGAAAAUAUCUUCAUGGCGGUCAACCACAAGAUUCAAGAUUUCAAACUAACCUAAUAGCUAUUUGCAUAAAUAAAUUUCGAUGUAAAUUACC